AUGGUGUUGAUUGCCGCGUGCGUCUUCUCAAAAUCGGGAAAAGCCCUCGUGGCACGUCAAUUUGUGAAUGAUAUGACAAGAGCUCGACUCGAAGGACUUCUUGAUGCGUUCCCGAAGCUCAUCGGAAACGAGAAAGAAGCUGCCACUCGCCAACACACCUUCGUCGAAACCGACAGUGUGCGAUAUGUCUAUCAUCCAUUGGACAACAUCUACGUCGUUCUUGUCACCACCAAGAACUCGAAUAUUCUCGAGGAUCUCGAAACCCUGCGUCUCUUCUCCCGUGUCAUCCCAGAAUACUGUCGUUCGAAUGACGAAAAAGAGAUUCUGGCUAAUGCUUUCGAUUUGGUUUUUGCAUUCGAUGAAGUCGUCACUCUUGGAUACAGAGAGAGUGUCAACUUGGCCCAAAUCCGUACAUUCACUGAAAUGGAUUCUCAUGAGGAACGUGUAUUUAUGCAAAUCAAGGAGGCACAAGAGAAAGCGGCUAAACAAGCGAUGGCUGAGAAAGCAAAAGAACUCAAACGAGCUCAAAAGGAGGCGUUGAGCCGUGGACUCAAGCCAAGCUAUCAAUCAAGCACAGGAAUCUCGUCGUCUUCCACACCAUCUGCGGCCGCUGUCUCGGAACCGGUUGCUCCUCGGCCAGCUGCACCAAAGGGACCGAUUGGAGGUGGAAAAGCGUUGAAAUUGGGAGGAAAGACGACGAAUGAGGAUGAUUUCUUGAAUACAUUGAGACAACAAGGACAAAGUAUUACUCCUGUUGAGAAGGCCAGUCUUUCUGGCGGAACAUCAUCCCUUGCCGCUCCAAUUUCCACAGCUCCACGUGUGAAGAGAGAAGCCGUUCAUGUUCGAACGGAUGAGAAGAUUAAUGCUCGUGUCAGUCGAGAUGGAGGACUCGAAGCCCCGACAGAAGUGACAGCUACCGUAUCCCUCUCUAUCGCCUCUCCAGAUCUCAACUCGAUUGCAAUUCAAAUGGACAAUAAAUCGGAGGCUGGAACUCAACUGCAAGUACAUCCGAAUCUUGAUAAGAAGGAGUGGCAGACGUCGUCGAUUCUGAAGGUGAAACCAAAUGGAAAACCGUAUCCAGUGAAUUCGGAUGUCGGAAUUCUCAAGUGGAAAAUGGUUUUGGCUGAAGAGGAGCAAUUGCCGAUUUCUUUGAACUGUUGGCCACAAGAAUCGUCAGAUGGUGUGCAGGUGAACAUCGAGUACACACUCCAACGAGAGGAUAUCACACUCAACAAUGUCCGAAUUAUUAUUCCACUUCCAACCGCCACCGCUCCAGUCGUUGGUGAAUGCGAAGGAGCAUACGAAUAUCACAAGACGAAGAAUGUGAUCCUGUGGUCGAUGCCCGUAAUCGACUCAUCCAACCCAUCUGGAACCCUGGAAUUCUCUGUUCCAAAUGGACAUUCCGAUCACUUCUUCCCUGUGAAUGUUAACUUCACUUCUGAGAAUCUUUUCGUUCCGAUUACUGUAAGAGAUGUGACGAAAUCCGAUGGAUCACCUGUCGUCUUCUCGGUGGAGACAAAUUUCAAUUCGGAGAAUUUCGAGAUUGUUUAA